CUCAAGUGUAGGAGAGAGAGAGAGAGAGAGAGAGAAAGAAAGAGCUAGCACCGUCGCUGCGCCACAUUUUAUGUGUGUGAUGCAAAAAGUUGCUUCCUCCUAAAAGCAAAAACCAAAAAUCAAAAGCUAACAAAAAAUAUCACAAAAAAAAAAAAAUACAAACACACACACAGACAUUUCGUAAAGAAGUCAACAGCAACGGAUAGACAACAAAUUUGUGGUUUACCUUGUUAGCAGCAGCAGUAACAACAACAACAACAGAAGCAGCAGCAGUAUCAAAAUCUAUUGCUGUUUCCCCCGCCCCCUUCACCACCAUCAACUUUAGCCACCCACUCACUCCGCUGCCUUUCUGUGCGUGUGUGUGUGUGUGUGUGUGUGUGUGAGCGAGUGUGAGUGCCAACAAACAAACGGACGUACCAGAACGCGCAAUGACCUUGCCAACCAAUACAAAUGCCAAUAACAAUGGCAGCGGCAGCGGCAGUGGCAGCGGCAGCGACGAUGACUCGGACAUGUUUGGUCCGCCACGUUGUUCGCCCCCAAUGGGUUAUCAUCAUCAUCGAUCUCGCGUCCCCAUGAUAUCGCCAAAGCUGCGUCAACGUGAGGAGCGUAAACGCAUCUUGCAGCUGUGUGCCCAUAAAUUGGAACGCAUUAAGGAUUCGGAAGCAAAUCUAAGACGUAGCGUUUGUAUAAACAAUACAUAUUGCCGUCUAACCGAUGAAUUGAGACGCGAGAAGCAAAUGCGUUAUCUUCAGAAUCUGCCCAAAAUCGAAAAUAAUAACAACAACAACAACAGCUCCACUGCCGUGGAAUUGGCACGUGAGAGCCUCUUCCAGCCAAAUAUGGAUGAUGCCAAGCCAAUGGGCAAUGGCAAUGGCAAUGGCAACAACAACAACAACAAAGCAUUGAUAUACACCGAUUCAAUAGUAGCCGGCGGAGUAAAUAAUCAUUGUUCAUCUGUCAUCCCGAUAACAUCCAACUCAUCCAAUUCGACGACGACGACGACGACUAAUAACAGUGGAACUACUGGCAGCUUACGCACCACAUCUUCCAUUCAAAAUCAACCGCAAUUGGUGGGGACGCGUCAUCAUCAUCAUCCAGCCAGCUCCAUAGCCGCCGCCGUCGCCACCUCCACCUCCACCUCCACCGCCGCCAGCAGUAACAACAACAACAACAGUUUAACCGCUGUCAACUCAACGCCAAAUUCAAACUCAAAUUCAUCGUCCGCCUCAUCAGCCUCCGCCUCCGCCUCUGCCGCCUCAACCACCGCCGUUGUAUCGCCCAUUUCACGUAAACGUCAUUUAUCGAGCAGCAGCAACCUUGUCAAUGAUCUGGAAAUACUCGAUCGGGAAUUAAGCGCCAUCAAUGCCCCCAUGCCACUAAUUGAUCCAGAAAUAACCCAAGGAGCCGAACAACUGGAGAAGGCAUCAUCCCUAGCAGCGGCAGCAACUCGCAAACGUUUACGAAGCACCAGCGAGGAUGAGAGCGAUCGUCUGGUGCGGGAAGCCCUUUCCCAAUUCUAUAUACCACCUCAGCGUUUGAUAUCCGCCAUUGAAGAGUGCCCCCUGGAUGUGGUCGGGCUUGGUGUUGGCAUGGGCAUGUCCAUGUCCAUGGGCAUGAGCAUGAGUAUGAGCAUGGGCAUGGGCAUGGGUAUGGGCAUGGGAAUGGGCAUGGGCAUGGGAAUGGGCAUCGGCAUGAGUAUGGGCAUGGGCGCUGGCGCCGGCACUGAUGGUCCCAGCAGCAAGCGGGCCAAAUUGAAUCCCAAUAUCGUCGUCGCUGGCAGCGGAGGGGGGGACAGUGGGAGCAGCUCAUCAUCGAAUGGAUCGGAUCAUCAUUUGGAUUUGGUUGACUUCGAUAUGAAUCAGAAUCAAAAAGACUUUGAGGUCAUUAUGGAUGCCUUACGUCUGGGCACACCGAGUCCGGCAAGCAGUGCGGGAAGCAGUGCAGCCGAUUCCUGUGGCCAGGCGGCCAUGAUGAGCGAAUCGGCGAGUGUAUUCCACAAUCUGGUGGUAACCUCCUUGGAGACAUGAAGGAAGUAUCAAUGAAUGAAGAUGUUGUCGAGCAUUUUGUUUCGUUUUAUUUUUUUUCUACCUACAUAAGUCAACAU